AUGGAGAAUGCUUCCAAUUCCAUCUCCGAGAUCAGCUUGGACGUCUACAAAUUUGUUGGCCGCGAUUCAGCUUUUGAAUCAAUGAUUAGUAAAGGUGAGAAGGUAAUAGAGAAUGAUAUGUUGAGCUUGAUCAAGUUGAUGAAUGAGGUGUUGAAAUUGAAUGAGAUUAUGGGGAUGAAGAUGUCAAACUACCGAGGAAAUUGUAGGUAA